CCUAAUAUCUGCCACUGGCCAGAAACGCGCCAAAGAGUUUUUUCGGCAGCGUUUGUCUAUACAGAUACAGCGCGGGAAUGCGAUAUGCGUUAUGGGCACGAUUCCCGAGCAGGACAGUAUAGAAGAGUUUUUCUUGUUGUGAUUGGGGUGUAUCUGCCGCGGAUGAUUGUUUCAUGCUUGUUGAUUUUUGAGGGUUACGGUGUUACCUUUGAAUAGUAGAAAUGAAGUAAGCUUGUAUAUAAGCAUUCUGCUUCCAGGAAAAAAGGUCGUUCAUCUCGCCGAUACUAUUCGACGAGUUAUUAAUAUUACAGUAACUGUUAAUAUGAGGCGGAGUGGCGGUUUAUCAGUAUUACCAGUAUGUCUUUCGCCAGCAUUAGGCUGCAAGAAAUUCCCAUGGCCAGUACCUAAUUAUAUCUAAUUAUUCCGCUCUUUUCGUAUUCACUUCUUCAGCAGCGCAUUAAUUUUUACCACACAGGCUUACCAUGGUUGCCAAAAUGGCACGAUGAGUUAUCACGAAUCCAGUACAGUAAGCAAUCCAGCGGAGUGCCGUUCUAUGAUCUAUCCCUGCGGGAACUGACACACGUUACUAGCUGUUCCUACUUCCUACUGGAUUGUACAGAUGUUGGUUAGAAACUUCCUGCAACUGCGAUUUGCGGUGUUAAUCGUCCGUAUGCUCUUUGCGCAUUCUUACUGGGUCGCUGCUUGUUCCAUGCAAUCCCCUGAUCUGUACCCGUCCUGUGAGAAUUCAGACCAGGAAGAUGAUCGAUGGAACUGCGGGAUAGAGCACGAGGCGGACGAAAUUCCACAUGAGGUGAUAUUGGAGCACGAGUCUAUCACCCGCGCCUGUAAACCGCUGGAGACCCUCCAGGACCACGAUAACGAAUGGCCGUGGUAUGUGCAGCCGGUGCUGGACAGUUCGCAGCGGUGGAUUUACAAGCGUGCCCGCGGAUAUUACUGGACGAAGAACGGGCGUCAUUUGCGCCGGCAAUGCGAGCAAACUGACCUGUGCCGCAUCGAGGCCGACGCGGUCCUCUUGAUCAAAGACGCCAAGUCCGGGGACAACGGCUUGUAUGCCUGCAUUGCCACGGAAGACUGCCGCAACGCCUCGGAACAUGGAUCGUGCCGAAUCCGAUUAGGACCGGCGUUCCAGCUGGAUGUCAUGCCGGCAUCAACCGCGACAAGGACUGCUUGGCGACUAUCAAUCGACAAUUUAAUUUUACCUUGUUUGGCCAGUUAUGUAUUUUCCCCUACAAUGGAUUAGUCGCUUUGUGUAGACUACCCACUUCAUCACUUAACUAGUACGAAUAAUACAAACUCAGAUGGCUAAAGUUGUCAAAGCUCCAGUGACAACUGGAGCUGUUUCGAAGAAUCCGCUAGCUCCCGACCCAUUCAGCAUAAUUAAGUUAGCACAGCUGCGCUUAUUAAAACCGGGUUUAUUUAUAGAAGCACUUACCCUGAUCAACCGGGUAAUUCAUAUUACUAUUCAAUGCUUCUACAAAAGAUGAGGUUUACGUCCAAAAACGGGUUUGCGUCCAAUUUCGUCGGCGUAACGGUACGUACAAUCAUUAGUCGGUUACAUAGGAAUGCAUUAUAUGUUUGGUCACCAAAGCUAAUAUUAUGUUUCUUCGUCACCCCGGAAACCGCAAACAAAAAGCUGGAAAUUUGCCUUGCCAGUUGGUAAUUUUUCCACGACGUGGCUGCUAGAAUCAUCCGAACUAACAUCGUGUCUGACUGUGUCAGUGUGACACACGUG